UUAGUGUAUUUGAGGGGCUGAGGGGAGCGUGGACGCUCACAUGAGCGAGUCCUCGUCUGAAGGAGUGAACAAUCUGGCAUCAUGGCUGCAACAAGGCUCUGUGGCUUCAUCCUCCUCGCUGUGUUCCUGCGUGGAUUGAAUUCCUCAAGACCAGCUGUCAACCAGGAGUUAUCCAACCUUUUCAAUGAGCUGUGGAGGUUGGAUGUGAAUCGCAUGACGCCUGGGAUAGACUACACAGUCUCUGUUCAGGGCAGGGCAGCAUUUGUGAGCCAGGGCAGUCAUGUUGCACAAGAUUACGCCUCCCAGCCUCUGUUUUCCAACGUUAAUGAGAUCAAAAUGCAGAACAUAACCACCUUCUCUCGCUUCAUGAAUCUCCUGGACAACUAUGAGCGGUCUACAGGUGUGGCAGAGCGAGUCACGACAGAGGAGCUGGCGGAAAUUAAUCUCUUCUUGGAUGCUGUUCUCCAGACUGAAGUCAUGAAGCGGGCUCAUCAGUACCUGGUAAGCAAAGGAAAGUCCAGCGCCAACUUGAGGCUGUUUAAGAAUCAGCUCAACCUGAUCUGGUUCCACCUCUACCACCGGCAGAGGAACGUAGGCCUGGAUUCCUCUGGAUUCGAACAUGUCUUUGUUGGAGAGGCAAAAUCUGGAACGGAGAUAAUCGGGUUUCAUAACUGGAUCCAGUUCUACCUGCAAGAGAAAAACAGCAACUUGGACUACAAAGGAUACAAGGCCAGGGAGCGUGACUUACCUGAUCAGGACGACCACGUCCUGAACCUCCAGUUCAGCUGGCACGGCAUGGUGAAGCCCGUCGGCAGCGCCUUCAUCGGGACCAGCCCCGAGUUUGAGAUGGCCCUCUUCACCAUCGUCUUCCUCAUGAACACAGAGAGAAGCACCACCGUGCUGGUCAACAUCGACCAGUGUCAGAUGGAGCUGGUGGUCAUCAGACAAGGGCGCUCCCUCGGGACGGCAUACCCCAAACUGCUCAGCAGCAACAGUCGACACAUCAGCCAGCGCUCACACUGAUCCACCCGUCAUCUGUCUACCAUACACGUCCAUAUUUGAAAACAGGUGCUAUUACCUGUUUGGACCAACUUAACCUCUACAUUUAUGGGUGGAUGAUUUAAAACAAUGUAUUUUUAUUACUUUUAAUGAUUAUUUCUCUGAUUUAAAAUACUAUAAGCAUGAAAUGAAUUAAUUUCAGUGUUGUAGUGAGUAACAAAUAAUUAAAACAUUACUAAAAAAGAUGUAAUAAUGAAUAACACAUUAAUAAAAUACCUUCAGGAAA